AUGGUGGCAGCAAUGGCAACAGGGACACCAGUGACAGCAAGUGGAGAUGGGCCAGUGGUGGCAGUGGUGGCUGUGGCAGCAGUGGCAGCAGUGGCAACUGUGUUGAUUGUGGCUGAGGUGGCAGCUGUGGUGGUGGUGACAGUGGAGGGGGAUAUUAGUGGCAGUGGUGGCUAUGGCGGCAGUAGCAGCAGUGGCAAUUGUGUUGAUGGUGGUUAUGGUGGCAGCUGUGGUGAUGGUGAUGGUAGUGAUGGCUAUGUAAGUGGCAAUGGUGGCUGUGGUGGCUGUGGUGGUGGUGGUGGUGGUGGAGGUACUGGCAACAAUGGUGCCAGUGGCAAUGGUGGCAGCAAUGGCAACAGGGACACCAGUGGCAGCGGAGGAGGGGGGGCAGUGGUGGCAGUGGUGGCUAUGUCAGCAGUAGCAGCAGUGGCAACUGUGCUGUGUUGA